GUGUGUGUGUGUGUGGUGUGUUCCUGGCUUGCGGCGUGUGUGAUCGCCUGUUGUGUGUCAGUGUUCAGUGUGUGAAGCAUGGCGCAUGCCGCAGCCCACCUGAAGAAAGCACGGGAGCUGGAACAGCCGCCAGAGUUGCGUGCUCUGCAGAAGGCCCGUGAGAGGCGCCGGCGCUCUCGGGAGAGGGCAAAACGCAAGUCUGACAGCAACACAAGUUUCCUGCGAGCGGCGCGAGCCGGCAACCUGGACAAGGUGCUCGACUACCUGAAGGGAGGCGUGGACAUCAACACCUGCAAUCAGAACGGACUCAAUGCUCUGCACCUUGCUGCCAAGGAGGGUCACCUGGACCUGGUGGAAGAGCUGCUGGACCGAGGGGCUGCGGUGGACUCAGCCACUAAGAAAGGAAACACAGCUCUCCACAUUGCAUGCCUGGCUGGCCAGCAGGAAGUGACCAAGCUGUUGGUAAAGCGAGGAGCCGAUGUCAACGCCCAGUCACAGAAUGGAUUCACUCCACUGUACAUGGCUGCCCAGGAGAACCACCUGGAUGUGGUGCGCUACCUGCUGGAGAAUGGCGGUAACCAGAGCGCAGCCACCGAGGACGGCUUCACUCCGCUGGCCAUCGCCCUACAGCAGGGCCACAACCAGGUGGUGGCGCUCCUGCUGGAGAAGGACACCAAGGGGAAGGUGCGUCUGCCCGCGCUGCACAUCGCCGCCCGCAAAGACGACACCAAGGCGGCUGCCCUGCUGCUGCAGAGCGACCAUAACGCCGACAUCCAGUCCAAGAUGAUGGUAAACAGGUGUACAGAGAACGGAAAGAGCGGCUUCACGCCCCUGCACAUUGCUGCUCACUAUGGCAAUGUCAAUGUCUCCACUCUGCUGCUGAACCGUGGUGCCGCUGUGGACUUCACCGCCAGGAAUGGCAUCACCCCCCUGCACGUGGCCUCCAAGCGUGGCAACACCAACAUGGUGAACCUGCUGCUGGACCGCGGAGCACAGAUUGAUGCCAAGACACGCGAUGGCCUCACACCCCUACACUGUGCAGCCAGGAGUGGCCAUGACUCUUCUGUGGAGGUGCUGCUGGAGAAAGGAGCUCCCCUGCUGGCUAGAACCAAGAAUGGGCUGUCCCCGCUGCACAUGGCGGCGCAGGGCGACCACGUGGAGUGCGUGAAACACCUGCUGCAGCACCAGGCGCCGGUCGAUGACGUCACACUGGACUACCUAACGGCACUGCAUGUGGCGGCGCACUGCGGCCACUACCGCGUCACCAAGCUCCUGCUGGACAAGCGGGCGAACCCGAACGCACGCGCCCUGAAUGGCUUCACCCCCCUGCACAUCGCCUGCAAGAAGAACAGAGUAAAGGUGAUGGAGCUGCUCGUGAAGUACGGUGCAGCCAUCCAGGCCAUCACUGAGUCGGGCCUCACUCCGAUCCACGUGGCGGCAUUCAUGGGUCACCUGAGCAUCGUCUUGCUGCUGCUGCAGAACGGGGCGUCACCGGACGUCUGCAAUGUGCGGGGGGAGACUGCUCUACACAUGGCAGCCCGGGCUGGACAGGUGGAGGUGGUACGGUGUCUUCUGAGAAACGGGGCGCUGGUGGAUGCCACAGCCAGGGAGGAGCAGACGCCGCUCCACAUCGCCGCACGCCUUGGCAAGACGGACAUCGUGCAGCUGCUCCUGCAGCACCUGGCCCACCCUGACGCCGCCACGGCCAGCGGACACACACCGCUGCACAUCUCGGCACGGGAGGGCCAGCUGGAAGCGGCCAGAGUGCUUCUGGAGGCUGGGGCCUCACACUCUCUCUUCACCAAGAAGGGCUUUGCUCCGCUCCACGUGGCGUCCAAAUACGGCAGUCUGGAUGUGGCCAAAGUGCUGCUACAGCGCGGAGCUCCCGCGGACGCUGCCGCCAACAACGGGCUCACUGCUCUCCAUGUUGCGGCACACUACAACAACCAGGCGGUGGCGCUGCUGCUGCUGGAGAAGGGCGCGUCCCCCCACGCCACGGCCAAGAACGGCUACACCCCCUUACACAUCGCCGCUCGCAAGAACCAGACAGAACUAGUGGGGGCGCUGCUGCACUGCGGUGCCGAUGCCCAUGCGCUCACCAAGCAGGGGGUGAGCCCCUUACACCUGGCCUCGCAGGAGGGCCAUGUCGCCAUGGUGACGCUGCUGCUGCGGGAGGGCGCCCACGUGAAUGCGCCCACUAAGAGUGGACUGACGCCGCUGCACCUGGCUGCCCAGGAGGACCAGGUUGCUGUGGCUGAGAUGCUUGUGAAACAUGGCGCCAAUGUGGACCAACAGACAAAGCUUGGUUACACGCCCCUCAUUGUGGCCUGUCACUACGGCAACACGAAGAUGGUCAACUUCCUGCUGCAGCACAGUGCCAGCGUCAACGCCAAGACCAAGAGCGGCUACACCCCCCUCCACCAGGCAGCGCAGCAGGGCAACACACACAUCAUUAGCCUUCUGCUGGGCUGUGGGGCUGAACCGGACGCCACCACUGCAAAUGGGAACACAGCGCUGUCGAUCGCUCGGCGCCUUGGGUACAUCUCUGUGGUGGACACACUCAAGGUGGUCACCGAGGAGGUCAUCACCACCACUACUUUGGUGACAGAGAAGCACAAGCUGAAUGUCCCAGAGACGAUGACCGAAGUCCUCGAUGUGUCUGACGAGGAAGGCGACGACACUGUGGCGGGCGACGGUGGUGAGUACCUGCGGGUGGAGGACCUGCGGGAGCUCGGCGACGACUCGCUGCCCGGACGCUACCUGGACGGCCUGGACUACAUGCGCUUCAGCCUGGAGGGCAGCCAUCCGGACAGGUCCCGCAUGACACCUCAGCAGCAGCGGCGGGGUCACAGGGGUGGCGCUCUCAUUGAGGAGCUCAUCAGCAGCCAGCAGGUGUCACUGUCCCUGCAGAAGGAGAAAGACUGGAGCACUGAGAACCUGGACAAUGUGGUUCUGUCCACCACUCCUUUAGACUCUGGCCACAUCUCUCCAUUCCAGGAGCAGGACAACAGCAGUUUCCUGGUCAGCUUCAUGGUGGAUGCCCGUGGGGGGGCCAUGAAGGGGUGUCGCCACCACGGCCUCCGCAUCAUCGUUCCACCCCGCAAAUGCUCUGCCCCCACAAGGGUCACCUGCCGCCUGGUGAAGCGCCAGCGUUUGGCCUCCAUGCCCCCCCUAGUGGAGGGGGAGGGGCCAGCUGGCCGACUGGUGGAGGUGGGGCCCACUGGCGCGCAGUUCCUCGGCAAACUGCACCUGCCUGCAGCUCCGCCUCCACUCAACGAGGGUGAGAGUUUGGUCAGCAGGAUCCUGCAGCUGGGGCCUCCGGGGACCAAGUUUCUCGGGCCUGUACUGCUGGAGAUCCCUCACUUCGCUGCCCUGCGGGGGGCCGAGCGUGAGCUGGUCACGCUGCGCAGUGAGACGGGUGAGAGCUGGAGGGAGCACUACUGCGAGUACACGGAGGAGGAGCUCAACCAGAUCCUCAACGGCAUGGAUGAGGAGCUGGAUCCCCCGGAGGUGCUGCAGAAGAAGCGCAUCUGCCGCAUCAUCACGAGAGACUUCCCCCAGUUCUUUGCCGUGGUGUCCCGGGUCAAGCAGGACAGCCAGCUGAUGGGGCCUGAGGGAGGAGUCCUCAACAGCUCUGUGGCCCUGCAGGUCCGCGCCCACUUUCCGGAGGGCGCUCUCACAAAGAGGAUCCGCGUCGGCCUCCAGGCCCAGACCAUCAACCCGGAGCUGGUGAGGAGAAUUCUGGGUAACAAGGCCAAAUUCAGCCCCAUCGUCACCCUGGAGCCCAGGAGAAGGAAGUUCCACAAACCUAUCACGAUGACCCUUCCUGUGCCCAAGGGCUCGGCCAGCGAGGGGCCGACAGGCGCGUACAGGGGCGACGCACCCACUCUGCGUCUGCUCUGCAGCAUCACGGGUGGUACAAAUCCUGCCCAAUGGGAAGAUAUCACAGGGUCCACACCCCUCUCCUUCACCAACGACUGUGUGUCCUUCACAACCAACGUGUCGGCAAGGUUCUGGCUCAUCGACUGCCGCCAGGUCCAGGAGUCGGUGACCUUUUGCACCCAGGUGUACCGCGAGGUCAUCUGUGUUCCCUACAUGGCCAAGUUUGUCGUGUUCGCCAAGAUGCUGGACCCAGUUGAGGCCCGGCUGCGCUGUUUCUGUAUGACCGAUGACAAGAUGGACAAGACGCUGGAGCAGCAGGAGAACUUCGCUGAGGUUGCUCGCAGUCGGGAUGUGGAGGUGCUGGAGGGUAAACCCGUCUACACUGAUUGCUUUGGCAACCUGGUCCCUCUGACCAAGACCGGCCAGCACCACAUCUUUAGCUUCUACGCCUUCAAGGAGAACCGCCUGGCGCUCCUGGUGAAGGUCCGAGACAGUACCCAGGAGCCUUGCGGCCGCCUGUCCUUCACCAAGGAGCCGCGCUCCUACAGGAGCCUCAACCAAAGCGCCAUCUGCAACCUGAACAUCACGCUGCCCCCCUACAGUAAGGACUCUGAUUCUGACACUGAGGGAGAUGAAGAGACUGACCGGACUCAUGAAAAAUAUGAUCAAGAUACUGAAUCUACUGAAACAUCAGCCCUAAGAUCCCAGGUUAUUUGUGACCCUGCUGCUCUUGCCAGCCCAGACCUCCUUUCAGAGGUGUCAGAAAUGAAGCAGGACCUCAUCAAGAUGACAGCCAUUCUGAACACAGAUACCACAGAAAAACCGAUCCUCAUUAGUACUGAGGCCCAGAUGGAUACAGGAGGGGAGGAGGAGCCAGGAGAACCUUUUGAAAUUAUGGGAAAGGUCAGAGAAGACCUAGAGAAGGUCGGUGAGAUACUGAGACAUGGAAUGUGCAUAAGCGAAGUGACUGAAGUAGCUCUGGAAACACCAGUAAUCACAGAAGUUAAGGACACAAAAAGUACAGAAGAACAAACCCUCAUCAGUAAAACUGAAAGCAGUGAAACCAAAAAAACUGCUUCCUUUAAUGUUCAGGAACCUCUCCUGAUAGAAACCAGAAUCAACAAGGGAACUGCCAGACCAACAACUACAAAGGAAAUGUCAGGCAUGAUCAGACUUCUCACUAGGGACCUUGAGACCUACCUUAGGGAGGUGCCCAAAGUGCCUGGCAGACAACAAGAAGAUGCUGUCCAGGAGACUUUCACACAGGUCAUUCUGACAAGAGAUGGUAAGGCAGAUUCUAAGAAAGAUGAGAUCAAAAAGCCAGUUAGAAGGAAACUGAGAGAGAGAACAUCUACAGAAGAAGACCUUGACCCAAGUCUUGGAAGCACUCUUAUUAAAGGGUUCUCAGAUGAGAGGCUUGAUGAUGAAAUUCAUGUAAAAACUGUAAAGUCUUCAGAUAAGGGACCAGGUUCCCCAGUAGUGGUGGAAACCCCUAUUGGGUCCAUCAGAGACAGAAUAAAAGCACUUCAGGGAGAGAGUGAGAGAACAUGCACAGAAGACCUUCAGCAAAGUGUCAGGAACACUCUUAUUAAGAGGAGUUCACAUGAAAUGCAUGAUGAUGAAGGUUAUUUAGAAACUGUAAAAUCCUCAGAGCAGGAGCCAGGUUCCCCAGUGGUGGUGGAAACUCCUAUUGGGUCCAUCAGUGACAGAAUAAAAGCACUUCAGGGAGAAAGUGAGAGAACAUGCACAGAAGAGCUUCAGCAAAGUGUCAGGAACACUCUUAUUAAGAGGAGCUCACAUGAAAUGCAUGAUGAUGAAGGUUAUUUAGAAACUGUAAAAUCCUCAGAGCAGGAGCCAGGUUCCCCAGUAGUGGUGGAAACUCCUAUUGGGUCCAUCAAUGACAGAAUAAAAGCACUUCAGGGAGAAAGUGAGAGAACAUGCACAGAAGAGCUUCAGCAAAGUGUCAGGAACACUCUUAUUAAGAGGAGCUCACAUGAAAUGCAUGAUGAUGAAGGUUAUUUAGAAACUGUAAAAUCCUCAGAGCAGGAGCCAGGUUCCCCAGUGGUGGUGGAAACCCCUAUUGUGUCCAUCAGAGACAGAAUAAAAGCACUUCAGGGAGGGAGUGAGAGAACAUGCACAGAAGACCUUCAGCAAAGUGUCAGGAACACUCUUAUUAAGAGGAGGUCAUAUGAGAUGCAUGAAGAUAAAGUUUGUGUAGAAAAUUUAAAAUUCUCAGAUCAGGGACUAGGUUCUCCAGUGGUGGUGAAAACUUCUGCUGGGUCUUUCAAAGGCAGAAUAGAGGCAUUUCAGGCAGAGAAUGAGAAGACAUCCACAGAAGAGGAUCUUGAUUCCAGUUCCAAACAAACCCUUGUUAAAGUGAGAUCAGAGGGGAGAGCAUGCACAGAAGAAGAUCUUGAGCAAUGUGUCACAACAACUCUCAUUAAGGGGACCUCAAAGGAGAAGCUCAAUGAUGAAAUUCAACAAUUCAAAACUAAAAGACUGGGUUCCCCAGUGGUGGUGGAAACCACAUUUGAGUCAAUUAAAGACAGAGUAGAGACCAUUCAGGUAGAAAGUGAGAGAGCAUGCAAAGAAGAGCUUGACCAAAGUGUCAGGGACACUUCAGAUGAUAUGCUUCAUGAUAAAGCUUAUGUAAGACCCAUAAAAUCCUCAGAUCAGUUGCCAGUCUUGCCAGUAGUGCUGGAAACACCUAUCAGGUUAAUCAUCGACAGAGAAAAUGCACUUCAGGGAAAUAAAACAAAGAUAAAGACAUUACAUACACAGACGUAUACAGAAGAAAACACUGACCCCAGUAUUGAGAACAUUCUUGUCAAAGGAACCUCAGAUGAGAUGCUUGAUGAUGAGGUUUAUGUGAGAACUUCAGAAUUCCUAGAUCAGGGACUGGGUUCCCCAGUGGUAGAGGAAACCCCUAUUGGGUUGAACAAAGACAGAACAAAAUCACCUCAGGGAGAGAAAACAUACACAGAAGAAAACACUGACCCCAGUACCGAGGACAUUUUUGUCAAAGGAACCUCAGAUGAGAUGCUUGACAAUGACGUUUAUGUGAGAACUUCAGAAUCCGCAGAUCAGGGACCAGGUUUCCCAGUGGUAGAGGAAACCCCUAUUGGGUUGAGCAAAGACAGAACAAAAUCACCUCAGGGAGAGAAAACAUACACAGAAGAAAACACUGACCCCAGUACCGAGGACAUUCUCAUCAAAGGAACCUCAGAUGAGAUGCUUGAUGAUGAGGUUUAUGUGAGAACUUCAGAAUCCGCAGAUCAGGGACCGAUUUGCCCAUUGGUAGAGGAAACCCCUAUUGGGUUGAGCAAAGACAGAACAAAAUCACCUCAGGGAGAGAAAACAUACACAGAAGAAAACACUGACCCCAGUACCGAGGACAUUCUUGUCAAAGGAACCUCAGAUGAGAUGCUUGACAGUGACGUUUAUGUGAGAACUUCAGAAUCUGCAGAUCAUGGACCGGGUUGCCCAGUGAUAGAGGAAACCCCUAUUGGGUUGAUCAAAGACAGAACAAAAUCACCUCAGGGAGAGAAAACAUACACAGAAGAAAACACUGACCCCAGUACCGAGGACAUUUUUGUCAAAGGAACCUCAGAUGAGAUGCUUGACGAUGGCAUUUAUGUGAGAACUUCAGAAUCUGCAGAUCAUGGACCGAGUUGCCCAGUGGUAGAGGAAACCCCUAUUGGGUUGAGCAAAGACAGAACAAAAUCACCUCAGGGAGAGAAAACAUACACAGAAGAAAACACUGACCCCAGUAUCGAUAACAUUCUCGUCAAAGGAACCUCAGAUGAGAUGCUUGACGAUGAGGUUUAUGUGAAAACUUCAGAAUCCGCAGAUCAGGGACCGGGUUCCCCAGUGGUAGAGGAAACCCUUAUUGGCUCAAUUGAAGACAGAGUAAAAGCACUUCAGGGAGAUAAAACAUAUAUCGAAGACUUUGUCUCCAGUGUCAAUAACACUCUUAUUAAGGAGAGCUCAGAUAUGGUGUUUGAUGAUGAGGUUUAUUCAAGAACUACAGAAUCAACAAAUCAGGUGCCAGUUUCCCCCUUAGUAGUGGAAACCCCUAUUGGGUCUAUCAAAGACAGAGUAAAAGCUCUUCAGAACAAAGUGCAGGAGGAGAAGAUAAGCCAACAGCAGGUGGCUUUCCAAGAAAUGACUGGUAGUAAAUCCUCUUCUUACAUUACUAAAAAAACAACAAAAAUCUCCGAAACCUCCCCUAAAUCCACUAAAUCCCACUCUGAAAGGUUAGAAGAUACUAUGACUGUGCAGGAAUUGAUGAAAGCCUUCCAAUCAGGGCAGGAUCCUUCAAAGACUAAAUCUGGCCUCUUUGAGCAUAAAAUUGUCACCUUAAAAACAGAAGCCUUGAGUCCAACGUCACAGUCUACCCGGCCCGAAGCAAUCAUAGAGGAACCCACCAUUCCCCUUUGCUCUCAUGCAGAGAACUUGUCCCAAGAUAUUCAAGACUUGGAUGAAACGCCAAUACACCGAGGGUGGAGGACCCCUGGUGAUUUUAGCAAAAUUAUUAUAGCAGAGCUUGAGGAGAAGACAGGAUCUCAGAUGCUGAGUAACAUUUUGGAUGCUAAGGGUGAAUAUAGUUUUGUAAAAAUGACCAUAGCUGGAGACUCAGUUUCCCCCCCUGACGCAACCAUCCUGGCUUCACCAGAUUUUAUUGCUGAAGAAGAAGUCUCAGUUUCUGACAAACAUCAAAGCAGAGCUCAAGACAGUAUCCCUAAGAAUGAGGCUGGUCUUCUGGAUGACUAUAGUACAAUCACAAACUCUGAGGACCAUUAUGAGUGCGAGGACAUAGAAGAAACUCCAUGUAUCGGCCCUGGGAAUCAGACAUUUUUAGUUAAGGAAUCUGACCAGCCUUUACCUGAGAGUAGUAGUCCUCAAGAAGUCACACUGCAUACCACAUGUGGAAUGGUAAACGAUGAUUCUGUCCAAGUAGCGCAACAAAAAAAUUUCCAGGAUGUGAAUUCUGGUGAUGAGUUGUCAGAGAUGAGCCUUCCUGGCUCCUCAGGGCCAGAUUGUCAGGUUGCUGGAGAUUGUUAUAUCAAAGAAAUUCAGUUUAUGGAUGUCUGUGAGGAGAAGGAAUGUGAUUCAGCAUCAUACAGUCCCAAAAAAAUUCGACAGCCUACAAAAAGGACUUCUGACACGACAGACACCUUUUUGAAUGACCACGAAGCCUGGGAAAAUGUUCUAGCAGGAGGUCCUCCUUGUCCUUCUCACUUAGAUCUUCCCCUCCGACCACAGGAGUCAGGGGCCCUCAGCUCCUCAGCUGAUGAGUCCUUAACUGUCAGUCACAAGGACUCUCUGGAGACGAGUCCUGUGACAGUGGACAACUCAUCUCAUAAAACCCCCGACUCCAUAGAGUCAAGUCCAACAAAGGAAUCGUUGUGCCAUGACUCUUUGGAGAACAGUCCCAUUGAGCAGAAAAGAGAUGGUUUUCCAAAAGCUGAGUUGUAUGAUCAAAGCCCAUCAUUAUCUGAAGUUGUUCUGCUCUCAGACAGAGUUGACAUUAAGUGUCUCAAAAACUCAAAGGCUGGUAUCCUAGAAGUUCAUGAUUUAGAACAGAUAUCCCAAGAGGAAAAACUGGGAAUAAGCUCAAUUUCUCUUGACAUCCAGAGCUCUGAAAAAGUAAGCUAUGAUGUCAGCCCAAGUCCUGCUCAGGAGACCCAGUCAUUGCCAUUAGUGUUUCAAGAGUCUGAUUCACAGAACAGCAAGUAUCAUAGGGAUUUUACCCCUGAGGAGGAUAUGUUUAAAAUGGCUGCAAAAAUUAAAACAUUUGAUGAAAUGGACCAGGACACCAAAAACGAACGAGAGGGUGGAAAUGAAACAAGGACAGCACUGUCCUCUCUCACACCUGAAGAUGGAAAUGAUAUGAAUAAACAGAUAACAGUGAUUUCACAAAUUGAGGAUGAAAAAAAAAAUAACACAGAAGUAUCAUCGAUUACUGAACCCUGCAAAAAGGUAAAACUGAAUUCUCCUGAUUUUGCACAUGCAUGCUCCCUUGCAACUGAAGGAUUCCAACAUGUUUAUGAUGACUUGGGACAAGAAACAGAAGCAGAGUCUUUUCAAAUAUCUGAACAUAUUUCAUCAGAUACUGUAACUUCAGAAGAAGCAGAAGGUCCCACCAACCUUAUGAAAGAAGAAACCUUCAGAUCUGAGAUUGACAGCACAGAGAUGUCCGUCACCACCAAAAAGCCACUUAAGGUGGAAGAAUCGCAGAGUGAAACAAAUCCGUUUCUGUUCCAGGAGAAGAAACUGUUUGAAAUGACUAGAAGUGGUGCCAUUGAUAUGACACAAAGAAGUUCUGAAGAGGAAGGUUUUGGAUUAUUCCACAAACAAAAAGCCCUUACCAAAGCCCCUCCUGAGAAGGUUGGAGAAGACUCUAAUGAGUGUACUGUAGACAGUGACACAUGCAGCAGUCUCUCUCUGGAGGUCAGACAAUCAGAAUCCUCUCAGGCACCCUCUGACUCACUGGCAGAAUAUCCAACAUCUUGCACUUUUGAGAAGGUGACCCAGAAUUCAGAACUUGAAAAUAACCAAUUUCACUUCCAUGAGACUGAUUCCAUCAAGAAGGAGGACUCGCACUCUCCUGACCAUUCUACUGCCCCCAUCCAUACAGCCCACACCUUGGUGGCCAGUUGUGAUUACUGUGAACUGGACAUUCAGUCCUCUGACUCUUCUCCAGAAGAACAACGCUCUGUGAUUGAACUCCCUUUCCCUGUUGAUGAUGCUGCAGCACCCGACUGCUUUGAAACGGAAAAAAGCUCCUUCCUGGCCACACCUUCUACACCUUUGCCAUCACCAUGGUCGGAUGCACUUCCGGGGCAGAGGAAGUCCAAAGUACCAAAUGAAACAGAACCACGGAAAUCAAGGCUGUGCUCAGACCCAGCAAUGCGACGUACAGAAUCACUCAAGGUUCAAAGCGAAAAAGAACCUGUUAAGCAGGAACAGAGGAGCAGAUCUGUGACACAUGUAGUUUCUGAUGAAUCUUUCAAACCUCAGAAUUGCUCAUCUCAUGGGUUUUGGGUUGACGCUGACCUGAGAUUUCCACAGAGUGAUAAUUCUGCUGCUUGGCCAGAGAUGGUCCCAUGUGGAGAACCAACUCAAAUUAAAUGUGCCCUAACCCCCAACUUGCUGACCGGAUCCAGUGAAAAGGUCUUUGAAAUUAGGGAACCUGCUGCUCAACCUUUACAGGGACAGACAGGCAGCGAAUCUAAGAUUUGGGUCUGGAACACCAGGGCUCCCGAAGGUUCUUCACCCCUUGGUUCUGAUGAUGUGUUUGUCACAAAACCACUGGACAGUUCUGUGGAAAGUGAGAAAUGGAUCUUAUGUGGUGAAAAUGGCCCCAGCAACCAAAAAGUGGAUGAAGAUGAUGACGCCGAACGCAGGGAAGAACGAUUGGCUGUGAUCGCCGACCACCUGGGUUUCAGCUGGACAGCCUCUUAUACAGAACUGGCUCGGGAGCUGGACUUUGAUGAAGAUGAGAUCCAGUUCAUUCGGGUGGAGAACCCCAGUUCCCUGCAGGAGCAGAGCCAUGUCUUGUUGAAGCGCUGGGCAGAACGGGAGGGGAAACAUGCCUCGGAGAGCAACCUGACCAGGAAGCUGACUAAGAUCAACCGUAUGGACAUUGUGCAUCUCAUUGAAACCAAAGUGUCAAAGUCCAGUCAGGAGCAAACAUCCCGAACAUAUGCAGAGAUUGAAAAGACCCUGGAUCACAGUGAGGGCUUCUCCACACUUGCUGAGGACAUGGACAGCCCCAAGUUGACACGUCGCACUGAGAGCACACGCAGGGCACCCCCUGCUGUCUCCGAAGAGGAUCUGUCGACGUGUUCUCUCCAGGAAUCCUUCUACCUCGAGAUUGUGGGACCCCCGCUGAGACGGGCCUUGGAUGUGGACACACGGGAGGCACGAUUAUUGGACGGAACCUCAGGACCAUCUGAGCUAACUAGAAGAGACACAGAGGAUCAUGUAGACAACAUGCCAAACAUCUCCACUAAGGUGGUAUUUGGGGAGCAGCACAGGGAAAUCCACAGGAGUGCUACAGUAGAGAAGGCAACGCAGAAGAUCCUCCGAAAGUGUCUGUCAUCUGAUGGCGUCGGGUGGGAAAAGGAGGUUGUGGAGGGUUCUCAGUCAGAGGGCGGGGACAGCUGCUCCAAAAGUCUGCAGAGGACCAUUCUAAGGAGCGAAGGAGAUCAAACAGAGGUGACCUUCUUGGAGUCACAAUCGCAGAAUGCACCAGUGGCUACAGAGCAGGUGGAUCCACAACACUACAGAUUGAACCAGGGUAUCAGGACAACUUUGGUACCGGAGCAAACCACGGAGCACCUGGAAGAGCCUUUACUGGCCACAGAGCUCCCAUGUUCCCUAGAUGAUCACCAGCAGGUGACAGAAAUGUAAGGUGUAACUCAGAGGAGAACCAGGCAGACACACCAGAGACUGACGCUGAAUGGAAGAGGGACCUGACCGGGCCACCUAUAGCCUCAUCUACACUUCCUGUUUCACCAGUAUUGUACUGAGAAGGCAGGGUGAUGGGUUUCAAGGUGGGAUGUCCUCAUUUCACCUUCCACUACUCCCACUGUAAUCAAAAACCCCAUGGGUUCCCCAAAAUGCAGUGUGACCAGUGCAUCACACCCAUCAAAUCUCAACCUUAUUCCCACAAUCCCAUGAUUCCUGUUAUCCUGAUGCUUUUUCUUCCCAGAACAUGAUUUUUCCACCUUUUUAUGGCAUUACUUUGUAAUUUACUCCUUUUUUUUAACCAAAGAUGUUCUUCCUGUGUAGUCGCUUGAGGUUUUGUUUUCCCAUUGACUGCAUAAUAUGACCCUUCGCCUGCUGUCCUGCUGGGGAUACUUGCAAAGUUCUUUGUGUCCCAGCAGUAGGAGGACAUUGGCUGCUGACCACUGGAUCUGCUUGUUUCUGCAGAGGUCAAAGGUGGAGGGUCAGUGACCUCACUGCCCUGAUAAUGGGUCUGUGCAUCUGAGAUUUUAGAGAGCAGAAACUCCUGGACACACGUGUCUUUCAUCAUCGCUGUAUAACAUGUCCAACAACUCUGUCCACACAUCUGUUAUAUCACCUGUGAGCUGAAUUGAGAGCUCCUAAAGAGGAAAAGUGUCUCUCCGUGUCCUCGCUGAAGUUCAUCCUGUUAAAUAUGGAGUGACGUCAGUCAGCGUAUAGACUUAUAAAUCAAUGUUUACCCUCACGAUUGUAGAAAUGUUUUCGUUUACAGUGUUUUACUCUUAAUUCUCAUGUUUCUGGCACUUUUCUUCUUCCUUUUUACUCCCUAUGCAACUGCCUUUUUUGCAGCUUUGGACUCUUAUAGUAAUCAGUAACCAAUGGGGUUCGGUGGUGAGCUCAACCAUUCAGGGACAUCAGGACUGUUAGAUAUUGAUUGAACUGAGGUCCAAAAGUUGACUAACUGGGUAACAAUACAGUGAAUCUCAGAUAUGUGGAAGACAAUAGUUUAUGCGAGGGAUGUUUGCUGGAGUCCCUCAGGUUACUGAGUUUCCAACUUGUCACAUCUUCACUUUGCACAUUACAGAAUCAUUGUAUUUGCUGUCACACACUUAAAAAGGCUCUUUGGUGGGAAACGGUAUUUACCAUGGUAUCUAAGUGCAUGCCUGCACACGUGUACUCUGUAUGAGUGUGUAUGUACCUGCGAAGUGUAGAAAGGCCAGAAGACACACCUGUGCCGUUGUAUAUAAAGUGCACCUUCCCACUGACCGCACCAAUCCUAAAGGGGGCGCCCCGGGCGGUGCAUACUCUAUCUCAUGUAUUUAACCACCUUCUGCUCUCCCACUGUUUGCACUUAGCUUGGUGUAGAAAAAGAGUAGAUAACACAGGUAACUUUUAAAGUAGAGAAUCAACAUUGUUUCCAUGGUGACACCCCUUCUAUACCAGUAUAAUUGUAUGUAUCUCUGAGGGAAUGUACUAGUUAUCAAAUUUGAAAACAUAUUUAAAUGCCGUGCCAGUGUAUUCAUAUCUUCCUGAGAAUAAAAUCUUCCAGUGAUCAAUGUGCUCAUCCAUUUCCUUACUCAUUCAGCAUCUCUGG